AUGUCUCAGUUUGGGUUCUUGUGGGUACUAAUUCUAGUGCUGCUUCUUUGGGUGUGGUCAGAAGCUCUUGCUAAUGCAAAUGAUUAUGAGAUAAAAGGGAGCAACAACAGAAACCAGUGCUCAACGUUGAAGUCGAAGAAUGUUGUGAAGAUUGGAGCAGCCAUAGAGUUGAAUUCUGGUGUGGGAAAGGAGGAGAAGAUAGCAAUGGAAGUUGCAAUUGAAGAUGUGAAUCGACAAAGUUACCAUCAACUCGCCUUGAACUUCAAUCAUAACAUCCAUGGGAAUCCACCCUCUCCUUCUGUCUUGGCUGCGGAUCUUGCAAACAGCAAACAAGUGCAAGUGGUUGUAGGAACAAAACUCGAUGCAGCUACAUUGUUCCACUCGAUUGAUGAAAACUCAAAGGAUUUCCCCAUCAUAUCUCUAACCUCGACAGCUAGUCCAGAGAUGACUUCAAUCCCAUUGCCACACUUCAUCCAAAUGGGCCAUGAUGUCACCCUUCACAUGCACUGCAUUGCAUCCAUCGUACACCAAUUCCAUUGGCGAAAGGUCACAGCAAUUUACGAACACAACAACCUCUUUGCCUCUCAUUCAGAGAUACUAACAAGACUCUCUCACUCUCUACGUCUAGUCAAUGCUGAAAUCGAUCACCAUGUAGCUUUUCCAUCGAUGACACUUCUUUCAAACCCAACUGAGAGCAUAGAACAAGAGCUUACAAGGCUCAAGAACAAGAGCAAUAGGGUCUUCUUGCUUAUUCAAUCUUCCUUGGAGUUUGCCACUUUGCUAUUUGAGAAGGCAAAGCAAAUGGGAAUGAUGGAAAAAGGGUCAGUGUGGGUCAUUGCAGAUGACGUAGCUAACCACCUUGAUUCAUUCGAUUCUUCUGUCACUUUCAACAUGCAAGGUGUUAUCGGGUGCAAAACCAACUUCAUGGAGUUGAGUCAAACGUUCAAAAGUUUCAAGCUCAUGUACAGGAGAAAGUUUGGAUUGGAAUACCCUGAAGAAGAAAACUCCCAACCAAGUGUCUUUGCUCUUAGGGCUUACGAUGCUGUUUGGACCAUUGCUAAUGCUUUGGAGAACUCACAAGGAAACUUUUCAUUAUCAGAGAAGAUUUUAAGUAGUGAUCAUGAGGGCCUUAGUGGAAAGAUAAGGUUCAAAGGCAGAAUGUUAUUGGAACCGCCAACCUUUAUGAUUGUCAAUGUUAUUGGAAAAGGUUAUAAAGAGUUAGCAUAUUGGUCAAUGGAGUCUGGUUUGAGUGAGAACCUUGUUGAGCAUGAGGUGGUGAACACAACAGCAACUAGUGCUGGUUCUGCUAGAGUGCUUUUAAGUUCUGUGGAUUGGCCUGGUGGGUUGAAAACAGUUCCAAAAGGUUGGGUGUACAAUAGCACUGAGGGAAAGCCUUUGAAAAUUGGGGUUCCAGCUGUUGAUCCAUGUCCUCAGUUUGUGAAUGUGAGCCAUGAUAAGAGACUGAAUGAAACCAAGUUCACUGGUUUCUCUAUCAAUGUCUUUGAGACAGUCGUGCAACGCCUGCCUUAUCACCUGCCUUUUGUUUUUGUGCCAUUUUAUGGCUCUUACGAUCAGAUAGUUGAACAAGUGAACAAUAAGUACCUCGAUGCUGCUGUGGGAGACAUCCAAGUGGUGGAACAUAGAUAUGCAUUUGCAGAAUUCAGUCAUCCAUAUGUUGAAUCUGGUAUUGCCAUGGUUGUGAAAGUAAAGCCAGAUAGAUCCAAAGAAACCUGGAUGUUCAUGGACGCUUUCACAAAAGAAAUGUGGAUGUUAAUGGCAGCAAUGCAUCUGUUCAUAGCAUUUGUAAUAUGGUUCAUUGAAGGUGAAAACAAUUCAGAGCUAAAGAGUUUAGGGGCCAUUCUCUGGUUUUCUGUGACCACAUUAUUCUUUAUACACAGAGAACCUGUAAAUAGCAACUUGGCCAGAAUAGUGCUAGCACCUUGGUUAUUUGCUAUUCUGAUAGUGACUCAAAGUUUUACAGCGAGCCUUUCAUCCUUGAUGACAGUGUCCCAUCUUGAACCAUCUGUGCCUGAUAUACAAACACUGCUGAGGACAGAUGCAAUCAUAGGGUGCAAUAAGAACACCUUUUUGGUCCAUUACUUAGUUGAUGAACUCAGAUUCCAGCCACAGAAUAUCAGGGUCUAUGACUCCAUCCAUGAUUUCCCAAGAGCCUUUGAGAACAAAGAAAUUGAGGCUUCUUUUACCAUUGCCCCUCAUGCUGAUGUCUUCCUAGCUACGUAUUGCCAGGGAUACAUCAAAGCAGGACCUACCUUGAAGCUUGGUGGAUUGGGCUUUGCAUUCCCAAAAGGGUCAAGUUUAGCCAUUGACAUAACCCGAGCAACCUUAAAAGCCAUAGAAAGUGGAGAAGUGCAAAAGCUAGAAGAGAAAAUGUUGUCCACAACUAAUUGUGGAUCUACAAACAACAAAAUGCAAAAUGAAAAACUUGGUCCUCAACCUUUUUUUGGCUUAUUUUGCAUUUGUGGGGCCAUUGCUCUGAUAGGUUUAUUGGCCACCAUUAUUCACUUUGUUAAGAGGAAUGCACAAACAUUUAUGAAUUACAUACUAUUGUCACAGAUACAAAGAGGAUUACAAAUAAUCAAACUCCUUGCUCAGUUCAAUCUAAAGAAGAACACAAGGAGUGCACCAGUCCCAGAUGCAAAUUGUAGAGACAAUGUAUCUCAUAACAAUGACUUCCUACAAUAG